AUGAGGCUGCUCGUAGCGGCCGCCCUGUUGUGCUGCGCCGCCGGCGCCGCAGUUGCGCCGCGACAGGCGCGCGACGGGCCACAGGGAGCCCGGCGGAGCUCAUCCCGAUAUCGGGGUCCGGGGUCAAACGCUGCGCCCACCGCCGCGCAGACCUCAGAGCGGGACGCUGCCAACUUCAGCUACGUCUACAGCACCGGCGACGGCACGUCCGUGGGCGCGGUGGGACACCAGAGGCGGAUCGGGGAUGGCGUCGGCACCGUGAUGCGCGGCCACUACUCAUACCUGGCGCCCGACGGCAGAGCGGUCAGUGUCACCUGGACAGCCGACGAGCGGGGAUUCCGAGCGCACAGUGACGGAGCGCCCCGGAGCGCGGCGCCGCCCGCCGCCCGCAGAGACCGACGGCUGCACAGUGCAACCGAGUACCGCAACAACCGGCCGCCGACACUGCCCCGGCCGAGAGGGCGCGCGGCCGACCCGUCCGCCUCCGGGCGCCGCCGGCCGCCGGAGCUCGGCGGUGUCGCGGGUCCCGCCGCCGUGCCGCAGCAGCGCUCUGGCGGCGCACAUGCCUCUGCAGUGUCGGCCUCCACUGCGGCCGCGGCCCCUGGCGCUGGUGGAAGCCGCGCCGGCUCCGCGUCUGGUGGUGGAGUGCUCGCUGCCGCGGCCCCCGCUACCAGUGGCGGCGGCCGGCCGCGGUACGCGGCGUUCUGGAGGGUGCGCGCACUCGCCGCGCUGCCCGGUGCCGACCAGGACCGGUUGCUGGCGCUGCUGGCGGCCCUCUCGGCCGUCCACUAUGUCGAGCACGGUCUGAGCUCCUCCCCACCCGCUCCCGGGGCCGUCACUGCCUCCAGUGCCAGCGGCCGCCGCCGACACUGA